CAGAUAACAAAAUCAAACCCUAGCUACCACCCUACUUACUUGAUAAAAAAAUCACAUCAUUUUAUUUUAGCAGCAGCAGCAGCCACCAUACAACCAACAACAGCCAUGCCGUCCCACAAGACUUUUAUGAUCAAGAAGAAGCUCGGUAAGAAGAUGAGGCAAAACAGGCCUAUUCCUCACUGGAUUCGCUUGAGGACUGACAACACUAUCAGGUACAACGCCAAGCGCAGACACUGGCGCAGAACCAAGCUUGGGUUUUAAGUUGAUUUUUGCAGUGUUUUUCAAAUUCAAUCAAAGACUCGUGUUGUGUUUGUAUUUUCGUAUCUAGCCUAAAAUGGAUGUCGAGUUUAGUGUUCUAUUGUCUUGGGAAAUCUGAUGAUACUUCUGUUUGAUUACAUCUUGUUUCUCAUUUUUAUGUCAAACCAUGCUAGGCAAUUUCUAUGUUUUAAUGAAACCUGCUUAUGACAGUGCA